UGUUAGUUGCUCUUUGGCUGCUUUUCAUCUGGAGCGAACAAUAGCAGCAAAGAGAGCUUUGCCUUCUCUUCUGGUGGAGAAGGAAGGACCGUCCCCUGCGAGAGUACUGCGGCUCCGGAGGCUGGAGCGGCUGCGGACAGCAUGGGGUUGCGAGCCGGGCGCCUGGCGUCCCCGAGCCGGGGCGUCCUGCAGCUGCUGCGGCUGCCACUGCUCUUCCUGCUCCUGCUGAGCUCCAGCGCCCGUGGGGCUGCGGCGCAGGGAGACUCCGAGGUGCCCACCCUCUAUCUCUGGAAGACCGGUCCCUGGGGACGGUGUAUGGGAGAUGACUGUGGACCAGGCGGCAUCCAGACCCGGGCUGUGUGGUGUGCUCACGUGGAAGGCUGGACAACACUGCAUACGAACUGCAAGCAGGCUGGGAGACCCAGUAACCAGCAAAACUGUUUCAAAGUGUGUGACUGGCACAAAGAGUUGUACGACUGGAGGCUGGGACCCUGGAAUCAGUGUCAGCCCGUGAUUUCCAAAAGCCUGGAGAAAGCUCGAGAAUGUGUGAAGGGAGAGGAAGGCAUCCAAGUGAGAGAGAUAACCUGCAUCCAAAAGGACAAGGACAUCCCCGCAGAGGACAUCAUCUGCGAGUACUUUGAGCCCAAGCCCCUCCUGGAACAGGCCUGCCUCAUCCCUUGCCAGCAAGACUGCAUCGUGUCUGAGUUCUCGGCCUGGUCCGAGUGCUCCAGGACCUGCGGCAGCGGCCUGCAGCACCGCACCAGGCACGUGGUCGCGCCGCCACAGUUUGGAGGCUCCGGCUGUCCCAACCUCACCGAGUUCCAGGUGUGCCAGUCCAACCCCUGCGAGGCGGAGGAGAGCAUGUACAGCUUGCAGGUCGGGCCAUGGAGCGCAUGCUCUGUGCCCCAACCACGGCAAACCAGGCAAGCCAGGCGUCGUGGCAAGAACAAAGAGAGGGAGAGGGAUCGAGGCAAAGCCGUGAAGGACCCAGAGGCCCGUGAGCUCAUCAAGAAGAAGAGGAACAGAAACAGACAAAACAGACAGGAGAACAGAUACUGGGACAUCCAGAUUGGGUAUCAGACCAGGGAUGUGAUGUGCACGAACAAGACUGGAAAAGCUGCAGAUCUCAGCUUUUGCCAACAAGAGAAACUGCCCAUGACUUUCCAGUCCUGUGUGAUCACCAAAGAGUGCCAGGUGUCUGAGUGGUUGGAAUGGAGCCCAUGUUCAAAAACAUGCCACGAUGUCACAUCCCCCGCGGGCACUCGUGUAAGGACAAGGACCAUCAGGCAGUUUCCAAUUGCAAGUGAAAAGGAAUGUCCAGAACUUGAGGAGAAAGAACCCUGUUUGUCUCAGGGAGAUGGAGCUGUCCUCUGUGCUACGUAUGGAUGGAGAACUACAGAGUGGACUGAGUGCCACGUGGACCCUUUGCUCAGUCAGCAGGACAAGAGGCGUGCCAAUCAGACAGCCCUCUGCGGAGGUGGCAUCCAGACCCGGGAGGUAUACUGCAUACAAACUAACGACAACCUGCCCUCCCACUUAAACACACAGAAGGACAAAGAAGCUUCAAAACCAGUGGACUCAAAAUUAUGCAGUGGCCCUGUUCCUAAUACCACACAGCUGUGCCACCUUCCUUGUCCAGUGGAAUGUGAGGUUUCACCCUGGUCUGCCUGGGGACCUUGUACUUACGAGAACUGUAAUGACCAACAAGGGAGAAAAGGAUUCAAACUAAGGAAGCGGCGCAUUACGAAUGAGCCUACUGGAGGUUCUGGGGCAACUGGAAACUGCCCUCACUUACUGGAAGCCAUUCCCUGUGAAGAGCCAGCCUGCUAUGACUGGAAAGCAGUGAGACUUGGAGACUGUGAACCAGAUAAUGGAAAAGACUGUGGGCCCGGCACUCAAGUUCAAGAGGUUGUAUGCAUCAACAGUGAUGGAGAAGAAGUGGACAGACAGCUAUGCAGAGAUGCGAUCUUUCCCAUUCCUGUGGCCUGCGAUGCGCCAUGCCCAAAGGACUGUGUGCUCAGUGCAUGGUCUUCAUGGUCCUCCUGUUCACACACCUGCUCUGGGAAAACCACAGAAGGGAAACAGAUCCGAGCUCGCUCCAUUCUGGCCUAUGCAGGUGAAGAAGGUGGAAUCCGCUGCCCAAACAGCAGUGCCUUGCAAGAGGUGCGCAGCUGUAAUGAACAUCCUUGCACUGUGUAUCACUGGCAAACUGGUCCCUGGGGUCAGUGUAUAGAGGACACAUCAGUGUCAUCCUUCAAUACGACUACAACAUGGAAUGGGGAGGCCUCAUGUUCUGUGGGCAUGCAGACACGAAAAGUCAUCUGUGUUCGAGUCAACGUGGGCCAAGUGGGACCCAAGAAGUGUCCUGAAAGCCUUCGGCCUGAAACAGUGAGGCCUUGCUUGCUUCCUUGUAGGAAGGAUUGUAUCGUGACCCCAUACAGUGACUGGACGCCAUGUCCCUCUUCAUGCAGAGAAGGGGACUCUGGAACCAGGAAGCAGUCUCGACAUCGGGUCAUCAUUCAACUGCCAGCCAAUGGAGGCCGGGACUGCUCAGACCCUUUAUAUGAAGAGAAGGCUUGUGAGGCCCCUCCCACGUGUUACAGCUACAGGUGGAAGACACACAAAUGGCGCAGGUGCCAGUUAGUUCCUUGGAGCAUCCAACAGGAUGUGCCUGGAGCUCAGGAAGGCUGUGGGCCUGGACGGCAGGCAAGAGCCAUUACUUGUCGAAAGCAAGAUGGAGGGCAGGCUAGCAUCCAGGAGUGCCUCCAGUAUGCAGGCCCUGUGCCAGCCCUGACCCAGGCUUGCCAGAUCCCCUGCCAAGAUGACUGUCAAUUUACCAGCUGGUCCAAGUUUUCUUCGUGCAAUGGAGACUGUGGUGCAGUUAGAACCAGAAAGCGUGCGAUUGUUGGAAAAAGCAAAAAGAAGGAGAAAUGUAAAAACUCCCAUUUGUACCCUCUGAUUGAGACGCAGUACUGUCCUUGUGACAAAUACAAUGCGCAGCCUGUGGGAAACUGGUCAGACUGUAUUUUACCGGAAGGCAAGGCUGAAGUGCUGUUGGGGGUGAAGGUACCAGGAGACAACAAGGAAUGUGGCCAAGGAUACCGUUACCAAGCGAUGGCGUGCUACGAUCAAAAUGGCAGACUCGUGGAAACAUCGCGAUGCAACAGUCAUGGUUACAUAGAAGAAGCAUGCAUCAUCCCCUGCCCCUCAGACUGCAAGCUCAGUGAGUGGUCCAACUGGUCUCGCUGCAGUAAGUCCUGUGGCAGCGGCGUGAAGGUCAGGUCCAAGUGGCUUCGAGAAAAGCCUUAUAAUGGAGGAAGGCCUUGCCCCAAACUGGACCAUGUCAACCAGGCACAGGUGUAUGAGGUCGUCCCGUGCCACAGUGACUGCAACCAGUACAUAUGGGUCACAGAGCCAUGGAGUGUCUGCAAGGUGACCUUUGUGGACAUGCAAGAGAACUGUGGAGAGGGUGUGCAGACCCGAAAAGUGAGAUGCAUGCAGAAUACAGCAGAUGGCCCUUCUGAACAUGUGGAGGAUUACCUAUGCGACCCAGAAGAUAUGCCCCUGGGCUCUAGAGAGUGUAAACUACCAUGCCCUGAGGACUGUGUGAUAUCUGAGUGGGGGCCAUGGACACAGUGUGCUUUGCCUUGCAAUCCAGGUGGUUCCCGGCAAAGGUCGGCUGAGCCCAUCAGACAGCCUGCUGAUGAAGGAAGAAUCUGCCCUGAUGCCGUGGAGAGAGAGCCCUGUAAUCUGAACAAAAACUGCUACCACUAUGACUACAAUGUCACAGACUGGAGUACGUGUCAGCUGAGCGAAAAGGCAGUUUGUGGAAAUGGCAUAAAAACAAGGAUGUUGGACUGUGUUCGAAGUGAUGGCAAGUCUGUUGACCUGAAAUAUUGUGAAGAGCUUGGCCUAGAGAAGAACUGGCAAAUGAACACAUCCUGCAUGGUGGAAUGCCCUUUGAACUGUCAGCUUUCAGACUGGUCUCCUUGGUCAGAAUGUUCUCAAACAUGUGGACUCACAGGAAAAAUGAUUCGAAGACGAACAGUGACCCAGCCCUUUCAAGGUGAUGGGAGACCUUGCCCUUCCCUGAUGGAGCAGUCCAAGCCUUGCCCGGUGAAGCCAUGCUAUCGCUGGCAGUAUGGCCAGUGGUCUUCAUGCCAAGUUCAGGAGGCCCAGUGUGGAGAAGGAACCAGGACACGAAAUAUUUCUUGUGUAGUGAGUGAUGGCUCAGCUGAUGAUUUCAGCAAAGUUGUCGACGAAGAAUUCUGCACUGACAUUGAGCUCAUUGUAGAUGGUAAUAAACAGAUAGUUCUGGAGGAAACCUGCACCCAGCCUUGCCCAGGUGACUGCUAUUUGAAUGACUGGUCUUCAUGGAGUCUGUGUCAGCUGACCUGCGUGAAUGGUGAGGAUCUUGGCUUUGGUGGAAUACAGGUCCGAUCCAGAGCAGUGAUUAUACAGGAACUGGAGAAUCAACAUCUGUGCCCAGAGCAGAUGUUAGAAACAAAGUCAUGUGAUGACGGACAGUGCUAUGAGUAUAAGUGGAUGGCGAGUGCUUGGAAGGGCUCCUCUCGGACAGUCUGGUGCCAAAGGUCAGAUGGCAUAAAUGUAACAGGUGGCUGCUUGGUGGUGAGCCAGCCUGAUGCCGACAGGUCGUGUAACCCACCCUGUAGCCAACCCCACUCAUACUGUAGUGAGAUGAAGGCAUGUCGCUGUGAAGAAGGGUACACUGAAGUCAUGUCCUCCAACAGCACCCUUGAGCAAUGUACACUUAUCCCAGUGGUGGUGAUUCCCACUGUGGAGGACAAAAGAGGAGACGUGAAAACCAGUCGGGCAGUUCACCCAACCCAACCCUCCACUAACCCAGCAGGACGGGGCAGGACCUGGUUUCUACAGCCGUUUGGGCCAGAUGGGAGACUAAAGACCUGGGUUUAUGGUGUCGCAGCAGGGGCAAUUGUGCUGUUAGUCUUCAUUGUCUCCAUGAUUUAUCUAGCUUGCAAAAAGCCAAAGAAACCCCAAAGACGGCAAAACAACCGCCUCAAACCUUUAACCUUAGCAUAUGAUGGAGAUGCUGAUAUGUAACAUUGAAUAUUCCUGGAAACAACCAAGCUUGGCCUUUUGCCUUUGUAGUAGACAUCCAAGGGCCACAGGGCCAGUAUUCAAAUUAUGAAUUAUAAUCAACUUUAACUGUUAUGAACACUAUCAUUAAGAAAAAAAGGAGAAAACCCUACUUCCACUGGGAAUAUUCAAGACAGUGCCACUGACAUAUAGAGAGUCAACCUUGAGAAUUCUAGGACAUGAAGUGGAAUGCAUGUUGUGUCUUGAGAGUUUUGUAUCAUCUUUUCAGAAAUCCACCAAUUGAAAAAAAGAAAACACUUUUGAUUUCUAAAAAGCAAUGAGGAAAUUGGCCAAUUUGGAAGCCAGAUGCAAGACUGCUUGCAGUACUAACCCACAGAACUUUCUAGCAUGAAGAGUUCAUAAUGAAGGCUUUUCAAUUCUACACUUAAGCAUAACAACAUGUAUACUCAAUCAAAUGACUUACAAUAUGAUGUCAUCUUAUAUACUUGUUAAUAAUCAACUUUUAACAGUGAAGAAGACAUAAGCCCUAUGCUAGAUGAAGAACCCAUUGAACAAUUUAGCAUCUUCAUGGUUGAUGGUAGCUUUUAUUGGCCUGCAUUUCAGAGACAAACUCUUUUUAUAAGACUAUUCUUGUCUCUCUCCAAUGUAUGAAUGCUGGACAUAUUCUAGGACCUUAGAAGACAGAAUCCUCAAGUUCGGUAUUUUAUAGCAGUUAUUGUCUAGAAAACAAAUAUGCUUGUGUUAACACAUUUCUACUUUCCCUAAAUUCACACUGGUUGCCUACAUCUUUUUUGCUAUAUGGAAGGCACAUUUUGCACUAUAUUAGUGCAGCAUGAUAGGCACUUAACCAGUGUUGCCAUAGAAACUGCCUCUUUUCAUAUGGGAUGAAGACAUCUGUGCCAAGAGUGCUGUGGAGACAUUUGCAAGCUUUUGUUCUCUGAAGAGAGUUAGUUCAGUCUUGAUGGUAACAGGAUCGAAUCUGCUAUUGCAUCUGCUGUCUACACUCUCCCUUCUCACUACAGCCACUAUGAAAUUGACAACAUGGCAAGAGUUCAAGUGUUGAAAUCCCUAACCAUCAACCUCCCAAAGGUGGAACCCCCUGGUUGGGUGGUUGCAGUUGCUCUUGGAAGGCUGUUUCUGACAGAUUUAUAUAUUUGUUAUCUUUGUUUAAAAAAAGAAGAAGAAGAAAAGAAAAGAAAAAAGGGCUGAUUGUCUUCAUAAUUUUGAAGAGAUGGAGAAAAUGAUGUAUCAGUGAUUUUUCUAACCAAACAAGUCAAAGUUGUGUGUGAGCUUUUCUUUCUUCCUAAUUUGCUUUCUCGGUGUGAGGUUGGCAUUCCACCAAGUAGGCCGUAUUUCCCAAUCAUGGCCUUUUGCCCUUCUUAUGGCUGAAAGCUGAAGUAGCAUGAUGUUAAAACCUAAAAUUUAAAAAGAGAAGAGUGAAGGACUCGUCCAGAGCUUGCUUAAAUAUCUAGAGAAAGGGUUCCAAGCUUUUUAAGCGGAAGAUCAAACAGGACAUGUUCUCAGUCAGGUCCGUAGUUGAGCUCACAACACUGUGACUGUGCAAUGUUGACAGAGAAGAUACCCAGUGGGAAAAACAGUGACAUCACUGUUUUCCAGUACAACUUCCUUUCCACAAAAACCAACAGGCUAUAUUUACAUGUCUUAGUUUGUGGACCCACCUUACACUCUAGGAGCUUUUUUUUUUGGUUUGGUUUUUUGAGACAGGCUUUCUCUGUGUAGCUUUGUGCCUUUCCUGGAACUCACUCUGUAGCCCAGGCUGGCCUCAAACUCACAGAGAUCCACCUGCCUCUGCCCUAGGAGCUUUUUAAGAGCUAGUUCUACAUUAUUAUAUAGUUGCUAGUUUUAGGUUGUUUAAUCUCUGUCGACCAGAUUUAAUCUCACAGGUCACAAUUUAUAGUCAUUACUUAUGAUUGCUUUGAACAUGGCUCUAUGUUCACUGGUAUAGCCCAGGAAAUGCCACUAUGGGAUAUAUCUCCUUUCUUCUAUAAAGCAAGUUAAACUAUAACAUGGAAAAAAAAAAACACUCACAUAUUUCUGGCAGUAACUACUACAAUUAGCCUCUGGUAGGGACCAUUAUGCUUUCCAGUCUUUAAAAUACAGUAAACACCUUUUGGGUUUUGUUUUCUGUUGAUUUGUUUCGUUUUUAAUCUUAAAUGCAUCUCUAUUGCUGGAACUGUGGUUUGGGUGAUGAGGUAUUUGCCUUCAUAGACUGAGUACGAGCUCCCUCUGCUGUCCAUUAGAACAGCCUUUUCUGCAAAGAUUACAAAAGAAUUCUGAGUAAGAGGAUGUUGUAAUCUCCCAAAUGAAAAUCUUUAUAUAUAUAAUUCAAUAUGAAAAAAUGUGAUGAUGUUUCUUAUUUAUUCCAAAUGUAAGGCUUUAGAUAAUAAAUGUCAUUUCAAAGAGAGCAGAUGGGAGGGUGAGUUCCACUUUAAGCCAAGGAUUUAGUUGAAGUGAAACAUGAAGAGGAAGAAAAAUAACAUUGUUAUUCUAAAACUGUGAUUGCGCUCUCUCUCUCUCUCUCUCUCUCUCACACACACACACACACACACACACACACACACAAUCAGAGGUCUUCCAAAUAAUCCUCAAGUUUAUCUCUUUGGAUAAAAUAAGCUCUGUCUGUCCAAAACACUUGAAACAUAAUCUGUUGUGCUUAGCUGAGAAAUUUAACAAUCUGAUGAAAUGUGGACAGCACCGAGGAAUCUUGAGAUGGGGAAUAAUUUUUUUUUUUUCUUACACAAGCAACGCUUCAGGUGUUUUAUAAAAUGCAAUUAAUCCUAAAGACAAAUCAGUGUUCUCCUACCUGGGACAGAAUAACGCAAUAAGCUAAGACAACAAAAGUUAUAAAAUAAUUAUAUUUAAAACACUACAUUAAUGUUGGAGGCACACUGGGUAUUCAGUAUCAGGAUAAAUCAAUACUACAUGGAUUCUUGUUAGAAAUGUGGAAAAGAAAGUGUAUCCAUUUGGAUAGUUUGGACAAAGAGUAGGUUAUUAUUAUAAUCAUGUACAGAUGGCUUUAUUAUAGGGAAAUAAAUACUGGCAUUUCACCAGAACUUUAUUCUCUUUGUUCAUCCAAUAAUUCAGGAGGUAAACAGUAAAAACUUGUCUGUUGGGCCCCUUUGCCUUUCCAAAACAGUCUUUGGGCAGGAAUAAAAGGAGAGGGAGACAUGGAGGAAGGUAAAGAGGGAGGGAAGGAGGAAGGGAGAGAGGGAGGAAGGGAGGGAGGGACAGGAGGGAGAAGGAAGGAAGGAAGGAAGGAAGGAAGGAAGGAAGGAAGGAAGGAAGGAAGGAAGGAAGGAAGGAAGGGAGGAAAAAGGAAAGAAGGGAGGGAAAGAGGUAGAUUUUCUCUUGGAUUUUAAAAAGAAAGGACAAAUGCAGACAUCUACAGAAUUUUGGUGGACUUCCCCAGGAAGUGUGGCAUGGCUGAUAUUCCAUGAAAAGGACUUAUUUGCCUAUUUGCCAGUGCCCAUCCAAUAUACUGACUAUAAAUAAGCUCUAUUUCAAAGCUGUUUUGAGUGUAGCUUAAGCUAAUUGAAAAGGAGUACGCUGAAGCAUGUCUUUAAUUAUUUAUAUAAUAAAGCACAAAUUACUUAUAAGAAGAAAUAUCUAUUGAGUUAUCACAUGUAAGACAUUCAGCUGGGCACUUAAUAUUAGUAAUGACUUUUGUAUACAUAGGUUGCUAAGACAUGCAAAAGAAAACCAUGCUUCAUGAGAGGCACUUGCAUUGGAACACAUUACUAUAGAUUCUAAGUGUGCUUAGUCUUUUUCCACAGGGGCUCUAACUUUCAAAACAUGCUGUGAGGGGUGGCAAUGGUCACAGUGGCUUAAUCAGAACUGUUAAGUCCAUGAAUAUUUCAAGAUAAAGUCAUUGCUUCUGUAGGAAGAGAGCGGCACUUCCCACACAUAUGUUUACCUCCUCUGACUUACUGUAUCCCUGAUUCUGUGUGAUGCAUUUCUCUGCCUAGUCUCUCUAAUUCUACCCUCCUCCUGGUUGUUAUAGCCUUGUCUACUUUUCUCCAAACCACCCUUCACUAAAUACGCCCAAAAUUUGAUAAGGAAAAGUGAAGCAUAUUUAUUAGCUCUUCCUAUUGAAACACAAACAUCAAUGAGAUUGUAAACAUUUUUAUUUCGGUGGACUGCACAAUGAAUAGAGAGUAAAGAAGAGCCAUGUAGGUGGCAUGCCAAGAGAAGAAUAAAAAGAAAGUCUUCAGGGUGAAGAUGUCAAUUUCUGUACUUGCAUUGUUACUAGACAGUCUCCUCUUACUCCCCCUAUUUUCAUCUAAAUCUUUGUUCACUUCCUACUUCACACAACAGUGAAGAAGUCUGAAUCUGUCCGUAAUGAACAGAAAAGAGAGCUCUUUCUAGGGAGAGUCAAAGUCUGAAUAGGUUUGCAGAAAUCAUCCUUGCCACAUGUCCUGGAAUCUCGUUAUUUGUAAUGUUCCUGAGUUCAGUUCAAAUGUAUUUUGUCAAGUUUCCCCUUUAAGACUGAAGGAGGAGGCAGCCAGCAGCCCCUGAACAAGCCUCUAAGAGCUCUGGCAGAGCAUGCUUGAGCACUCGGGGUCCACUCUGGGUGUGAGAACAGAACCUCCCUGCUCCCCUUGUGAUAGUACCCACCCACCCCACCAGCCAGCCAGCCUGUCUUCAGAUGUCCUGGCGCAGGUCAGGCAUUUGGGCUCCUAACACUGAGGUGUGGACCCAGCAAGUGGCUUUUCUUUGUUUUUAUAAAUUUUUGGGUUUUUUUUAUCAAUAAGCUAUUUGCAAUGAUAAAAAUCAUUCUUGUGUAACAAAGACAGUGGGAAGUGCUUAUGUCUGCAAUAUUAAAUAAAAGAAUGUUAAACAAAUAGA